UUGCUUCAUCCAUGCAAUCUCUGUAUUUUAGCAUACUUUUACUUGUUGGUAGGUUGACAUAAUCAGAGAAUUCGAAUGAAAUUAAAUAUACAGAAUUAAAAUUUGGAAUAUUAAAAUAAAUUCAAACUUCAAGUGUGUCUCUUUAAGGAUAAGAUGUAGUUCAAUGCGAAGUAAUAAACCAUAAGACCCAAUAAGUUUAAUCUUGUACAUGAAAGAUUGAAUAUGGUUAUUCUAAAUUGUUAUUUCAUAAAUAGAAAUUAUCAUUCCAUCAAACAGAAUGGGAUAAUUCUAUUGAUGCAUUAAAAAAAUAAAAAAAUAAAAAAAUAAAAAAUCUAGUUUGAUUUCAAUUCUGAUUUAAUAAAUUUCACAAUGAAAUAUUAGUUUACUUUUGCAUUGAUUGAAUUGGAAUAAUCACAAUUAAAUCAAAAAAUUAAAAUUGAGAGAAUACAAAAGAUUUGAAAGAAACUGAUGAAAAUUGUCAGAAUAUUUUAAUAUGCAUUCUGAAACGAGAGCACUUAUUUCUUAUAACGUUUGUGAAGAUGUUUACUUAGUACAUAAUUUAAAAGAUCAGCAUAGAAAUUAUAGCAUAUGAAUAUUAAAUAAUACACAUUGUGGUUAAUAAGCUGUACGUGAUGGAAAGGAUUUUGUCAAAGUUCAAAUAUUUUCGUUGAAUAAUGAAUUUGGAAAUUUUUUGUUAAGCUUCGUUUGAUUGAAUUUGAAAACUUGUAGAAAAUUUUGUGUUUUUAACCUAAUUUUCAAAAUAUUGUGAUUGAGAGCAAUUAUUCUGAUUAACACAUUUACAGCAAAAAAAUUCCUCUGCCUUCUGAUUAUAAAUGUCAUUUCAAAGAUGGUGUUCAAAAAUUCAUAUUGUGAAAGAUAUUGUGAAAGAAAAUUCAGGAUGAAGAAUGAAUUGUGACUUGAAAUAGAAAAUCCUUGUAAUAUCAGUUUUAAAAAAAAUUAAAGAUCUUGAAUCAUUAGAGUUUUUCAAAUGUUUAUGCUGUGUAAAAUGUGGAGAUGGAAGAAAUAAACAAUAAUAAAAACCAUAGAGUGACAUGUACAAUGAUUUUUCUUCAAUGGUAUUUUACUUCAAUUUAUAAAAAAAGAAUUACAAUGUUAGCUAUUCCAAUAUCAUGAAAAAAAAAAGAAGAAGUGAUAUUUAGUUAUUGAUUUUACAUUAUGGCGGAGAUUGAAAAAGAACCAAUAGAUGCUCCUCCUCAACCUACUUUGGAAUCAUGGAUCUUUGAUUCCUUAGAACGCGACUUUCAAGAGGUAUUGACGGAGCUUGAGGGGGAUAGAAGUUUUGAUAGAUUUCGCGAAGAAUAUGAGAAAAUUCAUCGUGCCUUGAGAAAAUCACAUGAGAGUGAGAAGAGGUUAGUAAAGAAAUGUCGCGAAUUGAAUGGAGAAAUUCAAAAGAAUGCAAAAAAAGUAACAAGUUCAUUAAAGUUGAAUGAAGAAGAUGCAAAGACAAUAAGCAAAUUGAAGGUUGAACUUGAUAAAGCAUGGCAGAUGGUCGUUGAAUCCCAAGACAAAGAAGCAAAAGCCAAAGAACACAUUCAGGCAUUGAAAAAGCAACUUGCUGAUCUGGGCGAUGACGUGGUGGAUCGCGGCGCUGCUGCGUCAGCACGUCCUAAUUCCGAGCCUCUCAAGGUUUUGGAACCGGAUGAGGAGAAGGAGAAGACAAUGCGCCAAAUUGAAGCUUUAAAAGGAUAUAUUGAAACCCUAAAAAAAGAAAUUGAUGGUUUGCAAGAAAAAACCACCCUAGCCAAAACAAGAGUCUCCGAGCUUGAGUAUGAGUUGGGUAGUACCAAAGAAUUGCUAGCUUCCAAAACAUCCGAAUAUGAGAGAGAAUUAAAAAAGAAAGAAAGGAUUGCUAAACAACUAAAGACUCAUAUUGCUGAAUUGACUUUUAAAGACAACGAGAUAAAAAAUCAAAUUAGCUUAUAUGACUCAAGUCGACUCCAAGGAGUUCAUCUCAGCGAUGCUUUAAAAGAAGCCAAAGUUGUUGCUGAAAAGGCAACUAAAGACUUACAACUUUUGAACCUCCGGAUGGAAAAAUUAAAUGCUGAGAUGGAGGAGCAAAUUAGUGCUAACACGCAGUUGUUAGCUGAUAAUAGUCAGAAACAAGUUGAAUUGAAGUUAAAAGAAGAAGACAUUGAAAAUCUAAAAGAAGAACUUGUUUCUGUCAACAAGUUACAAGAUGUGGCGUUGAACAAAAUCAAAUCCAUGGAAUAUGCACAUGAAGAUUUAGAUAAUAAGCUUCGUUCCCUAGUGGACCAAAAGAAUAAAAUUGAGAGAGAUUUGGAUAAUCAAACAAAAGUUGUUGAACAACAAAAAAGACGUAUUGAGGAAAUUGUUAGAGAAAAAGAUAUCAUCAAAAAAUUAAAAACCCAAGCUGAUGAAGAAACUAUUAAACAAAUGAGUCUUGUAAAAGUUGAGCAUAUUGCAUUGAAAAAUAUUGAAUGUGAACUAAAUUUGUACAAGACUGCUAGCAUCAAGCAAAAUGCAAAUAUCAAAGCUUUGGAGGAUCAAAAGCAGAAGGUUGCAAUUGAAUUAGCCGCAGAAUUAUCAAAUUAUAAACAUGCUCAAGAACUCAUACAAGAUCGAGAGUCUCAAAUUUUAGAUUUUCAUAAAAAAAUUGAGGAACUGAACAUAAGUCUUAAGCAACAACAAAACAACAAUGAAGCAAUACGUAGCGAAAGAAACAUUUAUAGCAAAAAUUUGGUGUCUGCUCAAGAUGAAAUAAAAGAAAUGAAACGCAAAUUCAAAGUCAUGAAUCAUUUAGUGGAACAACUUAAGGAGGGCUUAAAUUCAAAAGAUGCUGCUAUUAUUAAAGAGCGUUUUGAAUUGUUAAAGGUGGAGAAAGAAAGGGAAGUUCUUAAAAGAGAAAUUAGCAAAGUGAUGAUCAGAGCACAAGCGGCAGAAGCAUCAAUAGUGGAACAAUUAAGUGAAAUAAGGCAACUUAACCAAACUUUAACACAAAAUCAAAGCAACAUUAUUUCAAUCCAAAAAGACCUUGAAGCUUAUAAAAAUGAUAGAGACACUCUUGGAAUUCAGUUGGUAAAGAAAAACCAAGAAAUAAAAUUGAUAUAUGAAAAGAUGAAAAUUCAGACUCUCACGCUUAGCAAAGGUCAAGCACAAUAUAAAGAUCGAGUUCAAGAAAUUCAGAUCUUAAAGAUUAAAAUCACUAACCUUAAACGAGAUCAAAUAAUAUUUUCUCGUAGUGUGAAAAACAUGUCUGUUCUCAAAAAGAAUAUAUUCAAUCUUUCUAAAGAACUUAAUGCUGAAAAAACAAAGGUAAGGGCAUUAUCAGAAGAACUAGAAAACCCAUUAAAUGUGCAUAGGUGGCGCAAACUAGAAGGAUCAGACCCUCAAGCUUAUGAGAUGAUAAUGAAGAUCCAAACAUUACAAAAAAGACUCAUUCUUAAAUCAGAAGAAGUGGUGGAAAAAGAUUUGUUGAUACAAGACAAAGAGAAGCUGUAUGCGGAGCUAUGUGGUGUUUUGGCCAAACAACCCGGUCCCGAAAUAUUUGAUCAAAUCGUGUCAUAUGCCCGAAGUUUAAAUCAAAAGUCUCAGCAAAUAAAAGCAAUGGCUUCUGAAUUAAAUAUGUUCCAGGUUCACAUCGCCAAAUACAAACUUGAGGUGGAACGAUCACAUAAUGAAAUUGAUUCAUUAAAAAAACAAUUACAUACAAGUAAACAACAAAGAGAAUCUACUAAUAACAUCAAAGAUAAAAGAUAAUAUAUUUUUGUAGAAAAGGUGCACAGGAUCAAUACAUUAAGUAAAAUUCAUGGAAGUUGUAAACUAGAUCUUGCAAUUGAAAGGAUAUUUCUUAACACCUAAAGACGAUUUUAUUAAGCCAUUAUUCAUCUUUCAUAUUGUUCAAUAGUUAAUUUUGAAAUAUUAAAAAAAACCCAAUUUUUUGGUUACACUUAAAUUUUAUCUUUGGAAUAUUAUUAUUGGAUAAUAAUGAAUUUUUAUUUGAUUGA